CCUCGGGUCACGUGACCACGCCCUCGGCUGACCGAGCGAGUCCGAUCGUCGCCACUGGCUCGUCGAGUUGUUGUUUAUCCUCCUGGUCCAAUGUGAUUGAAUUAAACGUUCGUGUGUAGCGGGAGAGGACACGGUGUCUCAGAGGUCGAUUCACUGAUCUCCCAGAAUUAGGACCUGACAGACCUGGAGAUAAGACAGCAGGCAGCUGCACACGCCCUCUUACAUCAUGAUGGCCUCCAGUGAUGUCGAUUCCAGGAGUGAAGGUUCUUUGCAUCCUGACUGUAAUGCAUCAGAAACAGAUGCCCUGUGUCCUUCUCCACCAGGACCAACCAGACCCCAGCGUAACUAUGAGAGGAUUGGAAGUCGGACAGGAACCUCUUUUUUCCAGACUCUGAUCCACCUGCUGAAGGGGAACAUUGGUACCGGGUUGCUGGGUCUACCUCUGGCUGUGAAGAAUGCAGGGCUGGUGCUGGGUCCAGUCAGUCUACUGUGUAUGGGUGUGAUUGCUGUCCACUGUAUGAGGCUGCUGGUUCAAUGCUCCCACCAUCUCAGUGCAAAGAUGAGUAUGCCAUCUCUGUCGUACGGUGAAGCGGUGCAGCACGGGAUGGAAAACGUCUCAUGGCUGAGGAGACACUCACACUGGGGGAAACGGACGGUGAAUCUUUUCCUCAUCAUCACCCAGCUGGGAUUCUGCUGCGUCUACUUUGUCUUUCUGAGUGACAACGUCAAGCAGGUGGUGGAGGCUGCCAACGCUACCACGAUCGACUGCCACACGAACUUCUCCAACCAGACCGAUGUCCUGGUGCAGAGUUUUGACUCCAGACUCUACAUGCUCUGCUUUCUUCCCGCCUUCAUUCUGCUGGUUUUCACCCCAAAUUUGAAGUACCUGGCUCCCCUCUCACUGGUGGCAAACCUGGCCAUGACUGCCAGCUUGAUCCUCAUCUACUUCUACUCACUCACGAACAUCAAGUACCCUAUUAACCUACCCAAAGUGGGCAAUGCCAGAGAUUACCCACUCUUUUUUGGAACAGCCAUCUUUGCCUUUGAAGGAAUUGGAGUGGUUCUUCCUCUGGAAAAUAAGAUGCAGAGGCCUCAGAGUUUCACCAUGGUUCUGUAUUUGGGCAUGGGCCUGGUCACCUUCCUCUACCUCAGCCUCGGUACCAUCGGCUACAUAUGCUUUGGAGCUCAAAUACAAGGGAGCAUCACGCUCAACCUGCCCAACUGUUGGACGUACCAGACUGUGAAGCUUCUCUACUGUUUUGGUAUUUUCAUUACCUUCGCUCUGCAGUUCUACGUUCCAGCUGAGAUCCUCAUUCCGUCUGUCGUCACUCGUGUGUCAGACCGAUGGGAGAGGCCUGUGGAUCUGCUGCUUCGAGCCCUGCUAGUCCUCUUCACCUGUGCCCUCGCCAUCCUCAUACCAGAACUGGACCUCGUCAUCUCAUUGGUGGGCUCGGUCAGCAGCAGUUUCCUGGCACUCAUCUUCCCGCCCAUCCUCCAGAUCGCAACCUUUCACAACGAGGGCCUGUCCACGUGGGUGACCAUGAAGAACGUCGCCAUCAGUGUGGUGGGUUUGAUUGGGUUCCUCACGGGAACCUACAUCGCCAUUUGGGAAAUUAUUGAACGUAAUAAACACAAACACGACGGAGCGUUCCUCUCCUACAUGGCUCAGUGAUGGAAGGAGCGCCGCACUCGGGCCAAUCAGGAACUGCUUUUAUUGCACAUUACUCUUUUUUGUGUCUGUUUUUCCCCUCUUCUGCUCUUUGUUGGUUGUUGCCAGAUACAGCAGCGGUUUUAGGAUGAAUCAGUCACGGAUUAGAGGUAUGAAGCUGUAAGCAAACUCCUACAUGGUGGUGUUUGUCCUCCAGUCUGACAAACGAGAUUUAUUUUAAACAUUUAUCACUGUUCAUCAAUUUCAGACUUUCAGUGCAGCGUAAUCAUGUCAGCGUUUUAAUGGUGAAAGCUAAAUAGAUUUGUUUUUUGUUUUGGUUUUUUUUGGUAAAGCUGUGCAGUCAAACUACCUCACAAAUGGGCACAAACGGUCGAAUUGGACUUUAACCUUUACUGACAUCCACCUUGGAUACACUGCUGAC